AUGUACUAAGGCCAGCCCUGUUUGUAAACAUGGCUUAAUACGAGUUAUCUUUUCGCGAUCAACACGUUGAAAACCUUCCACUUAGUGCUGUCGACAUGGAGAGUCUGCUCCGCGCCGUGGCCUUGCUGGCCGUGUUGUCCGUGGGGUUGUUCCAGCGGGCAGCCCUAAUGAACAGACGAUCAACCACAUCUGUGCUGACUGUGACAAACGGACAGCGGUGGGGAACAUGGAUGUUGACCGGGAUGUGUCGUGACCAGUACUUUGCUAUUGGCUUCAGUACCAGGGUGGAGGCCAAACAGGGCGGAGGUGACAACACGGCCCUGAACGGCAUUCGCCUCAUCUGCGGCAAAGACGGGAAGCGGAGCUUAACUUACACUGUGGAGUCUCAUUCUGGCUUCUGGGGCGAAUGGUCCAACCCUCAGUACUGCCACACUGGCGUGCUCACCUCUUUCCAGCUCCGCGUGGAGGGCCAACAGGGCAGAGGUGACGGCACCGCUGCCAACAACAUCAGGUUCCGCUGCAGCAGUGGCCACGUGCUGGAGGGCAGCGGCCUGGACUGGGGGGUGUACGGCGAAUGGAGCAAGAAUUGUGGCCAUGGAGGAAUCUGCGGCAUCGAGACCAAGAUGGAGGCCCGACAGGGGAGAGGGGACGACACCACCCUCAACGACGUGCGCUUCCAUUGCUGUGCCGUACCCAAGCAGGUAAUUAAAUUAAAGCCCAGAAAGAGCUGAGAGACUCAAAUGAUUGACAGGUUAGCAGCAUGGUCCGCUCACCUGUGAUUGACAGGUUAGCAGCAUGGUCCGCCCCUCCUCCCUAACCCUGAAUUAAACAAUGAUUAAUAAUAAAGUGCUCAUUUGAAUC